UGAUGGGCUGCCCACCUGGGCACAGCAGCCUAGACGCCAAAUGAAGCGACUACUGCUCGCAGCAGCAGCAAUAACAAACGCCCUCGACGUCCAGGACGUCGCCUACGCCGUCAUCACCUCCUCACCGGUCGCCAAGGACAGGCUGCCACCACUGGAGGAUGCUUGGAUAACCCCAGCCCGCGCCCGAGGCAUCACGGUCCUCGUCGUCAGCGACGCGUGCGACGACCGGAAUUGCGUCGCCGUCGCCUGCGAGGCCAGUCAAGCGGGCGUGCCGUGCAAGUCGGGCCGCGCCUUCGUCGAGUUACGAAAAAGAGCGUCAGCUAAAUGGUUCGCGCGCGUCAUGGACGACACCUUUGUGGACGUCGACGCAUUAACGUGGCACUUGGCAGCGUACGAUAGUACGAAGCCGUACUACGUGGGCGAUAUGGCGAUCGCAUACGCAGAUCAGGAGGAGCGCUUCCGCUUCGCCUGGGGCGGCGCGGGCUGGGCCCUCUCGGAACCCGCGGCGGAAUUAACGGAAAAACACCUGGACUUCUACUUCUACUUAGUAGAGACGACGGGCUGCCCCGCUCAAACAUGUAACGCAAAUAUGUCCUGGCCGGCGCAUCAUAACCAUGACGGACGAGGCUUGCGUUUGAACAACGCGUACGCGGAUGAUGUCGUGUUUGGCCUCUUCAUGUCCGCUUUAAAUAUAGAAGCCGUAGGCCCAGCAGGGUUCCAGCAGACGCCGCUCGACAUUCUGGGCGGCGCGCCACCGUGCUCCUCAACAGAAAUGGAGGCGGCGCGCGUUCGUAAAACUACAUGCGUGAGCGGCGCCACGGGCCGCGUCCACGCUCUUGGUGGGUUCUUCGACGACAACCUGGCACAAACGGCGCGCGCCGUGGCCACUUCUAGUUGUAGGGGCGCGCAACGGCCCGCCGCAAUUCAUUUAGGUGAAGAGACGGGCGGGCCCCUUAAUAAACUGUGGCGUGCCCAGCUCCCUCAUUUGACGGAGGCGUUCCGCGGCCGCGUGCUCGCGUCGGUCCCGCGCGGCUCGCCGUUCCACUACGGCCGUUUAUGUGUGGUGGAGGGCGCUCCUAUCCCGCCGACGGAACUGGACGGAAUGCCGGCGCCGCUGCCGCUACCCUUCGAGAGCGGCGGCGUCGAAGACUCGGUGCGCGUGGGCGCCUGCGACGAUCCCGAUCACGUGGCGCGCCGCGCGUGCGGCGCGCUCGGGCGCGACGACGACGCGUGCGUCGACCAGAUGCGCGCCAUGGCAAUGCGCUUGCGCGACGCGCUCUGGAACCACCGCCGGCCGGCCUCCGCGGAGGUCACUUUAGGCGACGGGUCGACGACGACCGUUGUUGUAGAGGCCGGCGAGGAUCCUUCUGCUGUCGUGGCCGCGGCGUGUUCCGAGUACGACCUCUCCGGCAAUGACUGCGCAGUUUUGAAAGACUGGCUCGCCGCGCGCGGGCCGCCUAUUGUCUGUGAUGUGUGAAACGAACGAUUAAGUUACAAUA